AUGUCAAAGCAGAAGGAGGACGUCCGCCUCAUGGUUAAGCAUGUUAAGUAUAAAAAGGUUGACGGCACGCUGUAUGUAAAUUCUGGUCGUGUCGCUUGGCGCAAUCAGACGUCGGACACCUUUCGAAUCAGUGCACCGUUCGAAGACAUUCGACUUCAACGUGUCAGUCCUGAUCAAAAAGAGAAGGUUCAACUCCAACUGUUAAUGCACAAUAAUGAAUCUUUCACGUUCCAAUUUUCGGAUCCAAUCGGUCGAGAGAAGCAGCUGGAAAUGCGGAAUCGCGUUAAGGAGAUGCUCCAACAUUUAUUACCAAAAUUUAAGGAUAAAGUAAGUGUUCGCCAUUGUGCUCCGAGUUACUGAGGUGUAUAACACUUGUCCGUAGUAAGCAGAAUUCUGCUGCUUUAUAUGUGGUCCAUUUCUUUUAUGGCCUGAAGUAUGCCCGGACAGCCAUGCCCCAGCAUGUUGCUAGCUCGCAGCAGUCAUAGGCAUGCCGGCGCAUAGGUCUGUUUUCGUGUCAGUAAUAUGCUGGGAACUUAGGGUGGACGCCCUAACCCUUGAGCUUGUUUAUCCGGUCUCAGUCUUUGGCAGUCACAUAUGACAGCUAUUCUACCCGACUCCUUGUGCAUCCCCACGAGCAGUCAGUAUUGACGAUAAUAAGACUUGGCGGUGCAAUCUGCGUGUAGAUGCAUCCACGCCGGACCACAACUUUUGCUCGGCAUGGCCGGUAAUAUGGCGAAUUGUCUUCCGGUCAUUUGUCCCUCACAAUGUAGUCACCGGUACACGCCAAUCAGGAAGUAGCACUUACCAGCAUGAAAAAUGGCACAUUGUCUAACACUGUCCAAGGAAAUUUCUGCAUGCGUAAUUUGUGCCUCCUAGACCUACUAAGCAUUUUGAACUUCCUAUUUGCCAUCUUGCCCGGUAUUUCCGUGUUGUACGAAGUUUAUAGAUUUUCCUUCUUCCGUCUAGGCACACUCCGAGCUAAACGAAAAGUUUCGCCUUUUGGAAUCAAACCCUCAGCUUUUGGCCCUUUACAAGGAACUAGUAGUGACCGGUAUCCUCAGUUCCGAGGAGUUUUGGGCUCGUCCGGAGUUUCCGCAAAAAUCUUCAGAAUCCUCACCGUCGACGUCUAACGCGAAAGCUGGCGAAAAACAGGGUCAAACAGAUGCUGCCGGCAAAUCACAGGCUCUCACAAGUUAUCGUUUGCAGGAACGAACUCAGACACCGGGUGUACCAAGUUUUCUUCUCAGCGACAUCAAGCCGGAAGUGGAUGGUGUAAAUAGCAUAAAAUACAACCUCACUCAGGAAACAAUUGAUGCCAUUUUCCGUGCCUAUCCCACGGUACGUCAAAGGCAUCGUGAGCUCGUUCCCGAUAAGUUAUCUCAGGCUGACUUUUGGAAGAAGUUUUUUCAAUCUCACUACUUCCACAGGUUUGUUCACCUCUAAUGUCCAGAUCGUUUACUUAUGACCGAGUUAAAUCCCAUCGCUGAUGUAUUUGAUUGUUUGAUUAGGCUUUUUGUACCGCAGAGCCCAUGAUGUAAAUUUAUACCAGGGUCCUCGCUAAAUCCCGAUUACACAUAUUUUUAUUUCUUCCUUAUAGAGACCGGGUCCAGAUUAAACAGGACGACGUUUUUGGCGAGUGUGCAGCGCAGGAUGAGCGCAUUCUACAAAGUGAACUUCGCAAGUCCCGUCGAAUGCGUUUAUCGACCCACCUCAACGUAGGUGAGUUGGAGGACAAGAACGCCUUCCAGGGUUAUGGGACCGAUCCUGCAGUCACUGACAUCGCGCCUAUUGCAUCAACUCCGGUGACGUCGAAUGUCGCUGACCAGAAGCUCUCCACCAAUCAGCUACUUCUCCGCCGGUUUAAUAUGCACUCGAUUAUGAUUUUGCGAUCUCUUUGUUCGGUUGACCCUCCCGGCCAACAUCCAGCAAAUCACGUGGACUCCGCUCGUCACGAGGCAUCCUACAAAGAACUUGCUUCCAGUGGUCAUCUCAAGGAACGCAUAUUUCGUACGGAAUUGCGCGACGAAACGCCAGAUGCAGCGAUUUCUUUGCAUUUGGAAAAUACCGCAGACUAUUUUGAGGGACCAACUGUCGCUCAGUUAAAAUCCGUGAGUGGAGUGCAGCUGAACGGAGGUCCUGGCAGUGCCUCUUUCAAAAGCGGCCUUAAUUCCAACCAGGCAAAACAGGCUCUUCUCGCUUGUCUCGCUUCUAUCAGAAUGGCUCGACGAGGUUCGCCUAGUGUAUGCUCGGACUACAACGCCCAACUAGCCAUUGCCGACGUUUCGGCUGGUGGUUUUUUGAUGGGUGGGAGGUCCACUGUGCGUGAGCAAGCGGACUGGAAGGUAGACUCACGCGCUUCUGCAGGAGCUUCCAGCAAUGGAACGGCCGGUUCCACUGUUGGUGACGCCGUCUCUGCAGCCCCCCAGCACAACCACUCAGUCGUCCUUCUCUCCCCUGAUCAGUCAAAGGAGCUUGCGCUGCUUUAUGCAAGCGCCGGUGAACUGCUCCGCCACUUUUGGGCUUGUUUCCCCGUCACCAGUCCCCAGCUGGGCGCAAAACUAGAUCGCAUAAGCGAGAGUCUCAAUCGCUUUAAAUCCACCAAAUUGUAUCCUUUUAUUACAUCACUGGAAUCUCCGGGUGUGAUUGUUGAGCCGAGCACUUCCUCCCCAGCGAACAAGAGCGCGUGUUCAACUAACCGGUACCGAUCUCGGGUUACUGCCCACUUAGAGUCAAUGAUAAACUGUGCAGAAUCCAAAUACAAGGAGUGGCACGAACGGCGUCGGAAGUGA